UUGGGUGGCAAAUGAAUUUACCCUAGUAGCACCAAAUAAUAUUCCCAACAAGUCCCAAUAAAACAGCUUACCAUUCUUCCUCUUGUUCCCUGUUCUGUCAUGCCUCUGUGGUCGCAGAGCUCCUUUCUCUCUCCUCUUCCUCUGUAAAUAUACCUAUAUAUGCACCCCAUGUAUACAUUUCCAUCAAACCUUUUCUUUUCUCUCUCUAAAAGAGAAACAAUGAAGAACAGAAACAGUGGGAAAGUCUCUGUAAAGUGGAUUCCUGUUCUCUCCCUCUUUUCCUUUUUCAUCGGUAUGCUCAUCACAAACAGAUUGUGGGCUCCAUUGGAAUCUAAUGGUCCAGUGAUAUCGACGCGUCGACAUGAUCAAGAAGAGUUGCAGAUCAUAUCUGAAGACUGCAAGACUGAGAAGAAGCCUGGACUAGAUGGGAAUGUAAUGGAGGAGGUUUUCAAAACCCAGAAAGCAAUUCAAGCACUAGACAAGUCAAUUUCAGUGCUCGAAAUGGAAUUGGCUGCUGCGCGAAGUUCUCAGGAGAUGGGUAGGUCUAAUGGGUCCGAUGCCAUCUCUACCCCAUCUCACGAGGGCUUGCCAAGAAAGAAGGCAUUCGUAGUUAUUGGGAUAAAUACUGCUUUUAGCAGUAGAAAGAGGCGUGAUUCUGUUAGGCGGACUUGGAUGCCUCAAGGGGAGAAGCUUCUUCAAUUGGAACAAGAGAAGGGAAUUAUCAUCCGGUUCAUGAUUGGCCAUAGUGCAACACUUAACAGCAUAUUAGAUCGAGCUAUUGAUUCAGAAGAUGAUCAGCAUAAGGACUUCCUCAGGCUGGAACACAUCGAAGGGUACCAUGAAUUGCCUGCAAAAACCAAAAUUUUCUUCUCCACAGCAGUUGCGAAAUGGGAUGCUGAUUUCUAUGUCAAAGUGGAUGACGAUGUCCAUGUCAAUUUGGGCAUGCUGGCUGCAACUCUUGCUCGUCACCGAUCGAAGUCCAGAGUAUACAUCGGGUGUAUGAAAUCUGGACCUGUUCUUUCUCAAAAGACCGUUAAGUACCAUGAACCAGAGUACUGGAAAUUUGGAGAGGUAGGCAACAAAUACUUCAGACACGCGACUGGGCAGAUUUAUGCUAUCUCAAAGGAUUUGGCAACUUACAUCUCAAUUAAUCAGCCCAUACUGCACAAGUAUGCCAAUGAAGACGUGUCGCUUGGUUCAUGGUUUAUUGGUCUUGAUGUUGAGCACAUUGAUGAGCGCAGUAUGUGCUGUGGGACUCCACCAGAUUGUGAGUGGAAGGCACAGGCAGGUAAUGUAUGCAUUGCGUCGUUUGAUUGGAGCUGUAGCGGAAUAUGCAAAUCGGUGGAGAAAAUGAAAUUCGUUCACGAAAGGUGUGGUGAAGGGGAGGCCGCUGUCUGGAGUCCUCUGUUCUAAAGUAAUUCCGACAAGAGGGUGAUGUUUUGGCAAACUGGGAGGACUGAAACCAUUUUUUCAUUCAGCUACCCGGAAUCUGAGAGAGUUGAGAUAGUUCAAGUUCAUACAUAUUUGCCAUGACAAUGCCUUUCUAUGCAUAACCAUCGAGUUUCAAAGCAAAUUUUGGUCCAUGAGACACAGAAUUGUCUCACAAAAACAAUCAAUGUGAGAGAAGUUGGGAGGCCCUUCUUUCUUUCUUUUUUCUUUUGUUGGUAUCUCCCUUAUACAAUAAUUCUUUCAAAUUGGCUGGGAAUUGUGAAAAUGUAAUUAUUCCAAAUAUGCACAGUGAUUGUUUUGUGUCAUACAGAAGUUGCCUGAACUGUUUUAGAUUGUGUUUGGUUUAAUUUUUAAAUUAA